AGUUUUCAAAAUCAGUAUUCAAUACUUGUCUCCAUAAAUUGGAGUUUUUCGACGGAUAAAGAAGUACCAGCUGGAAUCGAAAGAUCUAAACGAUGAUCUCACUGGUUUCUGUGAUUGCCACCGCCUCGGCUACUAGCACCGUGCUUGCCAUGUGCUCCAGCAAGGAUCGUCAAGCGGACCGUAAAAAGACUAAGAAGGGUUCCGGAUCCAAGUCUUCGCGUGUUUCUUCGAAGUCCCAUAGAUCCUCAAAAACCAACAAGAGAUCUGGAAAAUCUGGAAAAUCUGGAAAAACUGGAAAGUCUGGAAAGUCUGGAAAAUCAAGCCGUGGAAAAUCAUCAAAAUCUAAGAAGCCUUCCAAAUCAAAGGCCGGAGUUCUUCCAAUCCCCGGAGCCGCAGGAGGUCCCAAGUCUGAAUCGAAGAAGCUCAGACGUGAUAGCACGGACAAGUCAAAGUCACAGAGAUCCAAAAGAUCUUCGAAAUCUAAGAAAUGCGACAAGUCCUCCAAGAAGUGCGACUUGAACAAGGCUAAGAACCUCUGCCCAACGGUUAACCAGGCAGAUGUUUCCGACGUGUCCAUCAAAUCGGACUCCGGUGAGAAAUCCGAAAAGUCGAAAGCUCUGAAGUUGGUUCCCAACCAGUCGAAGUACACAUUCCCGGAGGGACAGGGUUCUGCUUCAGUGAAGACGUCGACUCUUCGUGCAUCGCCCAACAAGCUUCCAUUCGCAACGACCGGAGGAGUUCAGACAGUCAGCAUUGCCAACAACACCAAGUCGAGAAAGGCAUUUAAGGUCAAAACUUCCGACAACCUUCUCUACCGCGUCAACCCAGUCUUCGGAUUUGUUGAGCCCGGUGACAAGCUUUCGAUCGAUGUGCUCCGUCAUAAUGGAGUCGAGAAGACUGAUCACUUGAUUGUUCUCACAUCCAAUGCUUCUGCUGAGCAGAAUUGUGCCAGGGGAGUCUUUGAGAGUGAUCCACCACGCGAGCUCACCGUCAUUCCUUUGGUUGCCAACUAGAUUGUGCCUAGACCUCCAUCAUCUGACUCCAAAAGAAAAAGUUUCUCGAAAAAGAUUUUUUGAUCGUGUGUGAAGAGUAUGAUGAAUUGAUUUGAAUAAAAAUUUUGAUGAAGGUGA